CUGACGCUCCAUUUCCGGUCCGGCUGUCAAAUCUCUCCGCCUCUAGUCCGUCUCGUGUGCAUUGUUUGAAUGUGGCGGGUUACACUUAAUAUAACUAGAAGUACCUUACAAAUAAACUUGAGCAAACUAGCAAGUGUUUUAUUGCCUUUUAAUCAACAGGCUUGUAUUUAUUGUUUGCCUCCUGUUGACGUAACUCGUACAGAAGUACGCUACAUGUCAAGUCAAGCUAAGAGACCCUGCACUGGAAAGAUGACUGCUAAAAAGAUCGGAACCCACAACGGAACCUUCCACUGCGAUGAGGUUCUGGCGUGUUUCUUCCUCCGCCAGCUACCUGAGUACAAGGAUGCUGAGAUCAUUCGAACCAGAGACCCAGCACUGCUGUCAGAGUGUGACGUUGUCGUGGAUGUGGGAGGAGAGUUUGACCCAAAGAGGCAUCGCUAUGACCAUCAUCAGAGGACCUUUUCAGACAACUUCCACAGCCUGUGUCCAGAGAAGCCGUGGGUGACCAAGCUCAGCUCAGCGGGCCUGGUUUACCUCCACUUCGGUCGUCAGCUGCUGGCCCAGCUGACGCAGCUGAAGGAGGACAACAAGCAGCUGGAGGUGCUCUAUGACAAGCUGUAUGAGAACUUUGUGGAAGAGAUUGAUGCUGUAGACAACGGCAUCUCGCAGUACGAGGGGGAGGCCCGCUACUCUGUUUCCACCACGCUGAGCGCACGUGUUGGCCACCUGAACCCGCGCUGGAACAGCAAGAGUCAGGACACCGAGGAAGGUUUCAGAAAGGCCAUGAAGAUGGUCGGGGAGGAGUUCCAGGACCGUCUGGAGUUCUACCAGUCCUCCUGGUUACCGGCUCGUGAGGUGGUGGAGGAAGCUAUUAAAGAGAGGCAUCAGGUGGAUCCCAGUGGGGAAGUGGUGUUGUUCUCCCAGGGUGGCUGUCCCUGGAAGGAGCAUCUUUUCUCCCUGGAGAAGGAGCUCCAGGUGGAGACACCAAUCAAGUUUGUCCUUUACUCUGACCAGAACGGACAGUGGAGGAUCCAGUGUGUCCCUGCAGGACUCAACACCUUCCAGAACAGGCUGUCCCUGCUUGAGGAGUGGCGUGGCGUUCGUGAUGAGGCGCUCUCCGAGCUCAGCGGGAUUAAGGGCUGCAUCUUCGUCCACGCCUCAGGGUUUAUUGGCGGGAACAAGACGCAGGAAGGAGCCCUGGAGAUGGCCCGGAGGACCCUGCAGGCCGCCGCCCAGUCCCCCGCUAAUGGGAGCAGCUGAAGAGACAGAGAGGAAGAUUGGACAGCCAACGGCACAUUCUGUUUCCGGGAGUCAGUGUUUAGAGAGGGGAGGAGAACGGGGAUUAUUGUGUUAGUUUUCUAGCUUGCAGCUUGUUGAUCUCAGCCAAGGGCUAGUGUUGUUUUGUUCUGCUCUGUCAGAUUUUGGAUGCUAAUGGCAGCCAAAUAACCUUGGACUAGUUCCCUAAAUACCCAUAUCCCAACAAUGGCUCUCUCUGAACCGCAAUGUUGACUCUUGUUAUUCUUCUUCCCUCUGUCUGUUCAUGUAAACACAGCUCUGUUUUGUUCUUUUGCAAUAAAAGAUUUAGUGUAAUUA